AUGGAGCCGUGUGUCACGCCCCGCGUGACUCUCACCCCCAUUCCACCCUCCUUGCUCGCCGACACGACCUCCUCGGCAGGGAAGGACGGGGGCGAAGAAGUGGCGAAUGCAAACACCGCGAUGCCGCCGCUGCAUACGGCGCGGCAGCACGACAACAACAACAACAAAAGGAGCGUGAGCGCAAAGGCCCAACGGCGUCAGCCGUGCGUGGAUGUGGUGGAGUUGGAUGAGCCCUCCGUCUACUGUCCAUCGAUCGCCACGGAUCACGCGGGCCCGCUCACACCGCGGCCCCUCGCCGUGCUGCGGCAGAGCCCAACACACGAGCCGCGGCGCAGGAGAAGUGGCGGGGAUCGCGAUCGGUUCCAGACGAGAAAAAUCACCAGUUGGAUGACAACCACCACAUCCACCACCGUUUCCCUGCCCUCCGCGACGGUGGCUAUUCGAACAGUCCCAAGCCUGCCGCUCGGGUUUUAA